AUGGGCAAAUCAAAGUACCGCCAGUUGACUGCACAGUUCAAACCAAAGGCUGGAGUAACCCCAGCCCGAGAACCAAGAGAUGAUCCCCUUAUCCAUGAAUAUGGCUCUGGAGGCCGACAAGACGUCGAUAUUCAGAAGGGACUGCUUACAUACACACUGAAGAUUGAUUUCAGCGAUGCAGACAAGGCGAUCGGGAAGUUGUGGAAAGUGCUUGACAAGAUGCAUGUUUUAGACGAGUGGGAGGGUCUCAACGUCUUCGGUAUCAGGACGAAGGACAAGGGUCAGUGCGAUUAUUUUACAGUUCCUACGCCAGAAAAUACAAGAGCUUCUUAG